AGACAGUUUUGAGUUCCAGUCGAGUAAACAAGUGAAAAAUAUUAGGAAUAAAUAUUUUAGUGGAUUUUUUUUUUUUGUAAUCUCUCCGUCCGCUUUUUUUCUCUACAAACAUGGGUUGUAGUUCACAGCCGCAAAAAAAAUACAGAGCCCAAAAAGUGGGACCAGUCACUAAAAACGGAUACCUGAACUACCUGCGGGUCUUCAAGAAGAAGCACUGCGGCCUGUCGCCCCGGGAGAUGAUCAGCAAAGGAGCCAAGGCCUGGAAUGCCCUGACCUGCGAGCAGAAGGCGAACUUCCGCAAGAAGACCAAGUCGGGAAGGAAGUCUCACGGCAAGAAAUCCGGGUCCAAGCCCAAGCGUUGCUGAACCGUGAGGGCUCUCCAGAACAUCCUACGGGUUGUGCAUAUGCGAAGUUGCCAAACGCUCUAAAUUAUUUGCAACUAUCCUGAUUCUAUCCUCAAAAUUUCAAGUGAUUGUCUAGUUCCGAUAUGGGUGUUUCCAGCUGUUGCUUCCAAAAAAAGGGACUCUCCACCGUUUCCGGGUUCCAUUAAGCAGGUCCCAUCAAUGCCGAAUCUUGCCCUUAAAUGGCCAACGGAUUUCAGCUUUUCGAUGCGGGAGUUUCCAUCUGCCUUUGUAAAAGUUUCCCCAAAGUUUCUGUAUGAUGAAAAUGGCAGCAAGAGAUGUGCGUGUAAUUUUUGUAAUUUAUCAGUAUUAUUGAAAAUCUGUAAGUGAAUAAACGGCUUUAGCAGAACCGAAAGCUAACAAGA